GGCCCAUUCUCGAUACCAUCCUUGCUAUAUGGACUGCGUGGACGGCCGGGACUGCGGAACUUCCUAUGGAUGCUGAAGAUCACUCGUCCUUCAGGUCCGAACCGAGCGAAGACGAUCCGGGAGAUCCUGAUUAUGAUGACAACAGUCAACACACGGGUCGUCGUCGGAUUGGGCGAGCCAAACGCAGAAGGACUGAGCGAGAGCAGCCUUCACCAACCCCAGUGUCGGGUGCUCGCAAACGUGAUGCUGCUCUCUCUUCUGCAACCCUAGUCAUGGACGAACCGGAGGGUAAAGCUGCGGCGUACUGGUCUUCGGACGCCAUACGUGAUUGGACUGCCACCAUUCAAUAGAAUAUAUACUGCAGGCGCAUUUGCGAAGAAGAGGAAUCAGCGACGCUUGCAACGCUUUACAGCCGGCACACAGUAUUUACACAUAGAGCCCUCAUAGCCACAGGUCAACUACGGGGACCAAGUCUGCAUCCCGGA